CGAUAAACUACAAGUACAAGGGGCGUGGGAAAACGGCAGUAUUUACUUCCCGUACUGCGCGGUACUUCCGGAUUGGUUCAUUUUUUGUGUUUUGGAUCCCGAUCAAUGGAUUGCUGUGUGGCGACCUUGCUGUGCCUCGGCACAGCGCUGUACUUGCUCGUUCAGGUGAUUCGUUUCAUCUUUGCGGACGCCGAUCUGACUUUGCUCUGGUUGGUGGCGUUUGGAAAGAGGCCAGAGAGUACAUUGCGGGGAAAGGUGGUUUGGAUUACGGGGGCUUCCAGUGGCAUAGGAGAGGAGCUGGCCUAUCAGCUAGCAAGCCUGGGGGCUCGCCUGAUCAUUUCUGCGCCGCGGGUGGGUGCGCUGCAGAAGGUGAAGAACCGUUGUUUGGAGCUCAGCAGUUUGAAGGAAGGGGACAUUUUGGUCCUUCCCCUUGACUUGCUGGAGCGAGACACUCAUGCUGCUAAAACGGGGGUCGCAAUACAGCACUUUGGCAAUAUUGACAUCCUGAUCAACAAUGGGGGGCGCAGUCAGCGCUCCCUGUUCCAGGACACAAAUCUGGAAGUUAUCCAGGCUCUGAUGGACAUCAACUAUCUGGGCACCGUGUCGGUCACCAAACACGUGUUGCCGCACAUGAUGCAGCGGGGCACUGGCGCCCUGGUGGCGGUCAGCAGUGUGGUGGGCCUGGCAGGGGCACCCCUGGUCACUGGCUACUCUGCUAGCAAGCAUGCCCAGCGGGGUUUUUUCAACUCGCUGCGCACCGAGCUGGCAGACUACCCCGGGAUCACCAUAAGCACUGUAUGUCCAGGGCCUGUGCAAUCUGCCAUCGUCCAAAAUGCCUUGACGGAGGAAUUGGGCCAGCCGGUAACUGUUGCAGGAGAUCAAAGCCACAAGAUGGCCACCUCGCGGUGCGUGCGCUUGAUGUUGGUGGGCAUAGCCAAUCAGGUGAAGGAGAUGUGGAUCGGUCAGCAGCCGUUCCUGCUCAUGUCCUACCUGUGGCAGUACACACCCACCUGGGCCUGGAGUGUCACUGGCAUGUUGGGUAAAAGGAGAGUGGAGAACUUCAAGGCUGGACUGGAUGCGGAUUCCUCUUACUUUACAAAGCCCAAGACGUCCUGAGGCCUUUUCUUCCAUUUUGUUUGUUUGUUUAAAUCAGAAAAAGCUUGGCCUCUGUGGAUCCGUGGUGCUUUUCCCGUUCCUUGAAUGUUGAAAUCAGAAUAAAAAUGGUUCAAAGGCUGA